AUGAGGUUCAACGCGCACCAAUUAGACGUUGCAUUAAUAUACUUUUUAGUCAUCAUUAACUCAUAUACGGCCAAAUGUGAUACAUGCGGUAGAAAUGAACUGUUGAGUCCAAGGCCUCUCUGUUGUGAGCCAACGUGCACUGAGGAUUGUGCGAGUGCUAGUUCCAGAGGAAUAUACAAAAAUGAACCCACGUGCGUUUGCCUUCCAGGUUUUGUCCGUCACAAGGGUCGAUGCAUCCGGAAAAUAUGUUGCCCAAAGAAUGUCACAGACUGCGAUGAGGCGCCACCAACUGCUUGCAUCUCUGAAACUCCAACGGUUGCUCCUGAACCAUGCCGUAGCCGCGGUCCUUUCCGGAAAAAGCUGAAAUCUACUCACAAAGCUGGAGGCUUGCCGGAGCCGAAGAUUUUGACUCAAGAAAACGAACAAUUGAUCUAUAUUCUGAACACCGAUGCAUAUCCAGGUCAAUUUUAUAAACUUGAAUCAGUCAAGCAACCUCGACGGUUUGGAUCCUUGUCGGUUGCAUCUUCACGACAUUCUCAUCCAAACGAACAAGAACCUGAAUUUAUAUAUCCUCCACAAAGCAAAUGUGAAGCUAAAUCAGAAGAACAACUAAAAAGUUUUAGAUCCCCUUAUUCAAAAAAGGGUUCAUCCAGCAGCAAGACUGUUCCAAGACCUUACGUGGCCAGACCACCAAAGUGUAACCGAACGCAAGAAUUGGUAUUCUGCAGGCCAUGCUGUGUUCCCACUUGCGACAACGAUUGUACCAGUUCUGACCGAUGUGCUAGACCGAUAUGUGUUGCCGAGUUGAGCUGUGUAUGUGCUUCCGGAUACGUCCUGCACAAUGGACAGUGCGUGCGGAAGGAAGAAUGCCCUCUCGCUGAAGGGGAUGAUUCGCCGGAAUAUGAUGAUGAUGAUGAUAAUUAUUUAGAGCUUGUAGAAUCAGCGUCGGAAGAGUGCGACUGCUGUGAUGAAUGCUAUGACUAA